AUUUUAGGUGGAUUACUUUUCAUUCAACCACACGUUACAGUGUUUGGCACUUAAUUUUUUUAAUUUUGUGAACGGUCACGGACAGACACGCAGUGCAGUGUUGUGCGACAACAAGUGCAAUAAGGAUUAUUCUGUACAGUGCAGUUUUUGUUACCCCUUCUUAUUUUGGAUUAACUUCAAAAACGAUAUAACGGCUGAACACUGGCUGAAGGAACAUCAUGACAAGGUCGCUCAACGUUCUAGGAAUUUUGGCAGUUUUACUCACAUUAGGGGAAAUUCACUGCGAUGCUCCACUUUCCGAUUCAGCGUCCCUGCCCCUAGAACACCGAGCGGUAUAUGGCCCACCACUGUCCGGACCUGGAUAUCUCCCAGCUGGUCUCCUGGGAGGAGGUGGAGGAGGAGGAGGAGGAGGGGGAGGAGGUGGAGGAGCUGGAGAUGACCCAUGGCCGUUAGCAACUCCUGACAUGCCCCAAAUCAAGCAUCUGCAAGUGCAGUGUGAAAAGACUCAUAUGAGGGUUAAUAUUGAGUUUGAUAGGCCGUUUUAUGGGAUGAUUUUCUCGAAAGGGUUCUAUAGUGACUCGCAUUGUGUACAUUUAAAACCUGGGACUGGUCAUUUAAGUGCUACUUUUGAAAUUUUCUUAAAUAGUUGUGGUAUGUCUUCGUCAGCGAAUCAUAACGCAGCUAGCUAUGGUGGACCAACUCCUAGUGGAAGCUAUGUUGAAAACACCAUUAUUAUCCAAUAUGAUCCCUAUGUUCAGGAAGUGUGGGAUCAGGCUAGAAAAUUACGAUGUACUUGGUAUGAUUUCUAUGAAAAAGCAGUUACAUUCAGGCCGUUCCAAGUUGACAUGUUACAUGCUGUAACAGCUAACUUUCUUGGAGACAACUUGCAGUGCUGGAUGCAAAUACAAGUCGGAAAGGGCCCGUGGGCAUCUGAAGUCUCAGGAAUUGUAAAGAUUGGCCAAACUAUGACAAUGGUGUUGGCUAUUAAAGACGAUGAAAAUAAAUUCGACAUGUUGGUCAGGAACUGCGUUGCUCACGAUGGCAAGAGAGCGCCUAUCCAGCUUGUUGAUCAAUACGGUUGUGUGGUUAGGCCCAAGAUUAUGAGCAAAUUCCAGAAGAUUAAGAACUUUGGUCCAUCUGCUUCAGUCGUAUCUUUCGCCUACUUCCAAGCUUUUAAAUUCCCUGAUUCUAUGAACGUUCACUUCCAGUGUGUCAUUCAGGUAUGUAGAUAUAACUGUCCAGAACCAAAAUGUGGACAUGGCUUAGGUCUUACUAGCGAAUACGGAGCUCCUCCACUAUCCAAUGCUCUUGGAAGUGGCGACUUCGGAGGCCAUGCUGGUUUGAGCAGUGAAUAUGGACCACCUCCUUCUGGAGAAUAUGGUUUACCUGCAGCCUUCCCAGAUCCAAGACAUCCAUCCGGACCUACUGGUGCUUACUCUGAACAAAAUGCAGAUGUUGUUCCAGCACCUCAAGCUCAAACGUCCUCAUCAUCUACUUCUAAUCCUCCUAAUCUCUCAUCUCCAGCCCCACAAGUAUCAGCUCAAACGGGAACUGAGAUCCACUUGCCUCCCCCACCACCUCCAGGUCACCAUGGCAUAUAUAACACUGUCAAAAGGAAAAGUAAUAUUGCAGAAGAAUUUGAAGGCAAUUUGGCAACUCUAGGAGGCCGACCGAGACUUAUAGAAAACCUCCCAAGUGAAUUGCAAGGAGUAAGAAGAAGGAGAAGUCCGGAAGUAAUGUCGGUAGUUGUAAGUCACGUGUACAAACGAGAAGCUCAAGAAAUGACUGAUGUUAAUACUAGCCGUACUAUUCAAGUAGUAGCUCCUGGAGAUGUCAACUUUGCCCUCAAUUCUGCUCAAAACAACGAAACUGUAGUCAUCCAAUCUGCUUCGUCUCAGGAUCCUGAGACGAUAUGCAUGUCAGUUCCUAGCUUCGUAGCUGGGUUAGUUAUGCUUUUGCUGGUUCUAAUUGUAGCUAGUUUAGUAGCAGCGUUCUUGUUUGUCAGAGUGCGAGCGAUCGAUAGAAAGGGAAUGGGUCAAACUUUUGUAGGCGCUAGAGGUUAUGACAACGCUGAAUUCGUUAAAGUGGCCAACUAAAGCAGAACUUUCUGGUGGACCAAGCAACUAAAGAAGUUAAAGAAUCCAAAUAACUUAAAUAUUUAAAUUGUUUGAAGAAUAUUUUGCGAGUAAAUUAUUCAAUGUAUUAAAAUAUCUAAGAAUAGCUUCUUGUGAGAUAUAUAUUUUUGGGUAUUUGUAUUGUAGUGAAAGUAUUGUGUGUUGAUAUUCUUCAGUUAUUUAAGUUAUUUGGAAUAGGGUAGUGUUGGUCCGUGGUAGGUGCAUUCCAAAAGUUCCAAAGAUGUUCAGGUUUAGCAAGUGAUUAACGCGAGUGAUUAAGUAGUCGCAGGGCGACAUAUUUUUUUUCGUAUCCUACCAUUAUGCUUUAUGUAAUUCCUAGUCCUAUCUAAAGCACUCGCCGACUAAAUGAUUGUGAUAACUAUUUCAUUUUUAAGAUCAAAAUGUAUCAGGCGUGCAAAACGAAGAGAAGAAAUUGACUGAGACAAACCAUACAAACACCUAGAUCACCUGGAAAGCUACCAAAACGUUGCUGAAAAACUAAAAGUGAUUUCAGAAUUGCACCAGAAUUUGGAAUAAAGGCAAACGGGGAGAAUACAGCUAUUUUUGUUCUGACCUAAAUCAGAAAAAAUGAUGCUUUAUUUUAUCUAAAAACUUUGUCACAAUUACCAAUAUUUCAUAUCGAAAAAAAAAGCUGAAGCCAAGUGCCAAAAGAAGGUAACCAGACUUCUCCAAUUUUAUUUGACUAGAUUUUGAUGCACAUGGUGUUAUUGAAUUACAGCAGAACAUACAAAAUAGGAAAUAAAAAAAAAUAAAAGGGCUUACCUAGCUCUAGAUCCUACUAGUAUAUUUCAUUACAGGUGGUGCCUUCUAAGAGCAAACUAAGAAUAUUUUUUUAUCAAGGUUUUGUUCUAGACCUAGACCAUAAUAUCCUCAGGCUUUACUUAAUCAAUUACUUUAACGAAAAAAGUCUAUAUAAACGCAAAAGCAAAAAAUGCUGUUAGAAUUAACAAGAAUUUUGGUGUUGGUUUUGAAAAGGUUAUCACAAUCUUGUAGCUCUUUUCACCCGCCAUUUCAUGAUUUAACUACAUAAUCAUCUCAUCAAUCAACUACUACCCUAUAAGAAAAUCAUUGUUUAUAUGAAAAUAAUGUUUUAUAUCUUCGGAAGAAAGAAAAAAUCUAUACUCACUAAACUUUUUAGUUGUACAUUAGUGUCAAUGGUUUUCUUAUGGGGUGUUCCAUUUGUGCUAGCAAAGGCAUUGAUCUGCCCUUGCCAGCAUGACCUAACCCUAGAUUUAAGUUAUUUAUAUUAUUUUAGGAUCUAUUUAUACAAACAAUUAGGUAUAACUCAAUCUGUCUAUGUACUGUUUAGUAGAUACGUUUGAAAAACAUCGAAUAUUUACUGUGUUACGGACUGAUUAAGUAAUGUAGCUUUAUACUUCGUUCAUUCUCAAGAUAAGCUCAGGAUCUCACCCAUCGGUGGGUGUGUCGCAGGGGCGGCUCGUGAUAGUAGAAGGUGGUGAGGCACACUACACCUGAGGAAUUUUAUUAUUAUGGUUACCUUAUCUUUAAUGACCGGAAGGUCGAUUUUGUGACAUCAUAACGCUAGGACGAAGCUAGGACAAAUAAUCCCGGACAAAAAAUCCCCACAAAUUAUUCCUGGACAAAAAAUCUCCAGACAAAUAAUCCCCGGAUAAAUAAUCCCCGGACAAAUAAUCCCCGGACAGAAAAUCCCCACAAAAAUCCCCGUACAAAAAUAAUCCCCAGAGAAAUAAUCCUGGACAAAUAAUUUCCACAAAUUUUUUAGAUAAAAUAUCCCCACAAAAAAUUUCGGACAAAAAAUCCUCAAGAAAUAUUUGCUGCCGAUUAGUUCUCUAAAAGUUUUCCCGUGAAUGCGAUCGACUCAAAUGUUUUCAGCCUCAGUGCAUAGAGUUAUUUUGAAUUAAAAUUCCAUAUCGAAAACUUUCAAAUUUUACAUAACAAAACAGUGUGAGUUUUUUCAAAAAUCGUGGAAGAUAUAAGGAAUGAGCUAAGGCUGUGGGAAUCAUGUUGCAAUAUUAUUUGCUUAAAUCUUUUGCUUACUCUGAUUUGAAUAACUAUGUUCAAAACAAUUUUACAAAAAAAACACAACCAGAACAUACAACACAUUUUGAAACACUUAAAAACUAGUUUUGUAUGUAGAUGUAACAAAUAAGUAAAGAAAAAUAAUUUAUUAGUUAUAAAUUUUACAAAAACAAAACACAAACACAAAAUACACACUGUAGUCGGUUCAGUUCGGCUAUUAAUAUUCCGUUCCGCGGAACCUUAAGUAAAUAAGGGAAGCAAGGUCAAGUAACUUCGUAACUAAAAACACACGUGUUUGAGGCCGGCCUCAAGGAUAGAUGAAUUUUGUUCCCAGAAUCGGUGGUACAUUUUUCAAAUUUUGCCACUUUUACUGUUGUCGUUGUCACAUUUUAGGAAGCGGUAGUAUGCUAGACAAGGAUGGUGUGAGGCUAGCUUCAACUGUAAUUAUUUGAGAAAGUUGGAAUGAGAUGCAUGAUGCAUAGAUGCAUAUAAUACUGGCACGUGGAAGACGGAUACAAAGAUAAAGAGUCAGGGCCGUAACCAUUUUAAUUUUUUUCCUAAAAAUAAAGUUAUUUAGGAAAUUUCAAGAAGCUAAAUUAUAUUUACCUAAAAAACUGAUUAUGAAACAACGAAAUAACGUAAAUAUUCGAUUGAUAUACUAGUGAGGCACUACCUCACCUGCCUCAUAGGACAAGCCGCCACUGGUGUGUCGUGUCGUCGCAGCUAGUCAUUGGUUAGACACGACACACCCUCCGAUGGGUGUGACCUCAGGUUUAUCUUGGGAAUGAACGUAGGUUAGUAUAGAGUGUUUCAGUCGUCUGCAAUAUUAAUUCCUCGAGGGGCAGAUCCUAGUCUUAUAGUUAGGAUAUAGUUCAUGUGUAUAUAAACGUUUAUAAAAAAAUACUCAAAAUGUACUUGACGACAAAUAAUGAUAUCAUAAUGUUAAAGAAGGGUUGAUACUUUAUGUUUCCUAUUUAAUUGAUUUAAAAGUUAAAGUCCUAAUAUUGGACAAAAUACCAUAAGACAGUAUUAUUCUGAAUUUAUUUAAGAACAAAACAAGGUACUAUUACUUUUACUACUUUUACUACUUCUACUUUUAAUUUAGUCUCAUUGUAGUACAAUGUUAAAAAUGAACGUGUAUUCAACUUUCCUAAUAAUUUAAGAUAUCAUCGGUUUGUCGGAGAGUUUGAAAAAAAUACACAAAUCUUAAAAGUUGUUGUUACUUUCCACCUAUUUCAUUGCAAAUCUGUUUUCAUUAAAGUCUUUCCUAUUUUUGCAAUUUUUUUGUAAAAUAUUUUUUUAGUAUUUCAAAAUGUAUACCUGUAUAAUAUUUGAGGCCGACAUUUAUUUUCUCAAGUAAAGAAGUUGAUAUAUUUAUAUUGAAUAGCUGGUACAAUCACAAAAAAUGUGUCCAAAAUGUAAAAUUUUUAGGUGUCUUUUUAUUUUUGUAUUAUUUUGAUUCCACAACACUAAUAGAUGAAAACUGAUGUCACAAAAAUAAAAUGUAGAAAUAUUACUUCUAUCUCUUAUAAAUCAAAACAUUGUAAAUUCUUUUUUGGCUAAAUUCAUGUCAAUAUACUUGUCAUACUCUAAAAUUAACAAUAUUUUUAUAAAUAAAAAAUUCAAAUUA